UAUGCACACUCGCCCAGCCUCCCUCUCUUCUCAACGUAGGCAUCACAAGCACAAGUGCCGCAGUUUGUCUGUGCAGUAGGUCAGUCAUUAUUACUACACACCCAAAGCCCUCAGGUGCCAAGCAGGACAGCAGAGUGACAGGAGAGAGUUUGAAUGAGAAGAAGCUGAAAAACAAGAUGCGGCACUCAUUCCUGUAACAAAGCGUUGAGUACGGCUGCUGUUCUCACAGCUGUAUUAACUUCUAAGAGACCUACGGGCUUCGUUCCUUCGAGGAUGGCGGUCUGAAGUUAUGGACACCUCUCCUGGCACAUGUCCCCGUCUGUGGACUGCUGUUGAAAGACCCUUCCAGGAAAACUGUGGACCGCUCGCGAUGGAGUCCGGCUGAGGCGCGUGACCCCGUGCCCAUGCCGUGCGUAAAGGAGGCGUCCCACGCUAAACUUUAGCGAGACUUGUGCGCGUGCUCUCUCAGCAUCCCAGCUUGACCAUGUCAGCGAUCAGGAGGAAAUUCGGCGACGAUUAUCAAGUGGUCAACACCGGACAGGGAUCUUCUUUCCCGGCGCCUACCAAAAGGAAGCGGCAGCGCUUCGUGGAGAAGAACGGACGCUGCAACGUCCAGCACGGCAACCUGGGCGGAGAGACCAGCCGCUACCUGUCGGACCUCUUCACCACGCUGGUGGACCUGAAGUGGCGCUGGAACCUGCUGAUCUUCCUGCUCACCUACACGGUGGCGUGGCUCAUCAUGGCAUCCAUGUGGUGGGUGAUCGCCUACAUCCGAGGGGACCUCGGCCGAGGCCACGACGACUCGUACACCCCCUGCGUGGCCAACGUCUACAACUUCCCCUCCGCCUUCCUCUUCUUCAUCGAGACCGAGGCCACCAUCGGCUACGGCUACCGCUACAUCACGGAGAAGUGCCCCGAGGGCAUCAUCCUCUUCCUCUUCCAGUCCCUGCUGGGCUCCAUCGUGGACGCCUUCCUGAUCGGCUGCAUGUUCAUCAAGAUGUCGCAGCCCAAGAAGCGCGCGGAGACCCUCAUGUUCAGCCAGGACGCGGUCAUCUCGCAGCGGGACGGCAAGCUGUGCCUCAUGUUCCGCGUGGGCAACCUGAGGAACAGCCACAUGGUGUCGGCGCAGAUCAGGUGCAAACUCAUCAAGUCUCGUCAGACUCCUGAGGGCGAGUUUCUGCCUCUGGACCAGAGGGAGUUGGAUGUUGGCUUCGGGACGGGCGCUGAUCAGCUCUUUCUCGUAUCUCCUCUCACCAUCUGCCACGAGAUAAACCCCAAGAGCCCCUUCUUCGACCUCUCACAGCGCUCUCUCAUGAGUGAGCAGUUCGAAAUUGUUGUCAUUCUGGAGGGCAUCGUAGAAACCACAGGUAUGACCUGCCAGGCUCGCACUUCUUACACCGAAGACGAGGUUUUGUGGGGUCACCGCUUCCUGCCCGUCAUGUCUCUUGAGGAGGGCUUCUUUCGGGUCGACUACUCCCAGUUCCACAGCACCUUUGAGGUUCCCACACCCCCCUACAGUGUCAAGGAACAAGAGGAGACGUCCUGCUUGCCUUCCCCGGCUCCUCCCCUCACCCCCACCCCAGGUGACCCCAGGAUCAGCCGCAGGGAGCGCAUCUUCUCCCUGGAUGGCGUCCCACAGGAGGAGCCCGCCUCAAGGCUACCCAGCAAGCUCCAGCGCAUGAGCUCCAGAAAUGGCAAAGAGGCCCUGAAAGCCGGAGGUGGUCCAGCAACACAGCAGGCCAGUGAGAAAGCAUCUAGUACAGGCGACCUGCCACUGAGGGUUCAGCACCUGGGCUCCUUUGCCAGCCCAGAGGAACCAGUGGGGAACCAGCAGCUCCAGCUGAAGCCUCUGAAGGUGGGCUCAGAUGCCCAAACCCAGUCUGCCGGAGAAUUAGAGCACCACAGACUGACUCUACUGCCUCCGCCUAUUCCAGGGCCAAAUCUCAACCCCCUGCCUGUGGCCGGCAGCCGGCCAGAGGACAAUCUGCCUGCCAAACUGCGCAGGAUGAACGUGGACCGCUGAUGCAUGAGCCAAGACACUAUUGACUUCGUACAAUGGACUCAAGACUGAGCAAAGAGGCUUCAAGAGACCAGAGCUUGUUCUAAAGCACCAUUUAAAACAUGUACUUAAACUGGACUAUACUGUGAUUCUUUUAAUUCAGUGGUUCCCCAACUUGGUCCCGGAGUGUCCCUGCCUAGUGCUGGGUGGUACUGAUCAAUAUCACAAUAUAUCAUCAAUAUUGCAAUAUUUUCCAAAACCAUGAGUAAAAUAACCAAAUACAAUGAUAUCAUAGCAUUCAAAGAUAUUUAAGUUUGUAUGAUUAAAGUAUGAUUAAAGACACCCAUGCUUCCUGAAUAGCUUUUGCUAGAAUUGAGUUUGAGCAUAGGUGUUGAUAGAAGUGUUUUGUUGUCUUUUAUAUAUUUUUAUUUAUUUUCUAAAUCGUGCAUCAACAUGACCACUGUGCCCCUGUGCUCUGGGGAUAGCUGCUUUAUAUAGUGUUAAGAUAUAAAGAUUACUAUUAUAUGUUACUAUAAGGUAUUGUAGACAAUGUUGAUGAAAACUGUCUAACAGAGUUCACCACCAACCCCCAAGCACAGGUGGAGCUCACACAUACAUUAAACAGAAAAGAAAAAGCUAUAAAGUACUGUGCAAAAGACCACUUUUCAUUUAUUUAAAUUCCAGUCAAAUGAGCCAUUCAGUGCAAGCUAUUAAUUUUUCAUUUCUGAGGAGAUAUAAGAUAAUCCACUUGCAUAAGGAAGGGGAAAGUCAAAGGGAAACAUGAAGUUUCAUAAAAAUUACUAAAGUUAAAAAAUACCAAAAGAUAUGGAGAAAAUGGAGUUCCUAACAACUGUGCAAGACCAGGCAGACCAAGUCUUUCCCUAUCAGAUAAACAGCACUUAAAUCUUUCAUCUUUGAGAGAGAGAGGAGAAAAUCAAGCUCCACUCUUGACUCAGAUCUGAAAAUAUCCACGGGUGCCUCUGUCCAUCAUACUGAGAAGACAAGUCAACACUUUGUGUCUGAAAGGAUGUGUAACUGUCAAGAUCCCUUUACUGAGAAAAGGAAGUACAUAAAAGAGGAAAUUUGCUGGUGUUCUCUGAACACUGGGCCUCAUUCAACAACUGAUCUUAAAAUUUUCUUUUUCAAACCCACUUACACAGUUUUCACCAAGACAGCAAGGUUUACUUAUUAGGGAUUUGUUCUUGGGUAAGAACAGAAUCUACACACACUCAAGAGCACAAAGGUAUGAACAAUUCUGCAGUUUAAGAACACGUCAUGAAUUUGAUGAAGACUUUUUCUACCUUUCUCAAGAGCACAUUUAAGCAAAUUGACCUGCUCAGAGUCCAGACCUCAACAUCAUUGAAUGUGUGAUUGUUUGCACUGUGAGAUGCAGAAAAUGCAACCAGCUUCUGAACUCUAAAGGUUUGGAAAAUAUUCCUGCAGAUUAAGCACUCUAAAAAGAAAGGUGGUUACUUUUGCACAGUAAUAUGUAUAUAUAUACAUAUAUAUCCAUCCAUCCAUACAUACAUACAUAUACAUACACACACACACACACACACACACACACACACACACACACAAUAACAGCCAUUUUCAUACAUGCAGUUGCUCAAAUCAACACCCUUUAUCUGUUUACCUGUAAGCAAAAUAAUGAGGGAAUAACACACACUGGCCACGGAACAUCUUAAUAAUUAAGCAAUUACUUUUGCGGUCCUAAACAGGAUAUGAUGGGGGCUGUGCAUGAAACCUACACCAUUACACAAUUUGGAUGUAAAUACCUUCAAAUGAAAGCCUGCACUUUCAGAUUCAAUAUUUAAAAAAAAACCUCCAAUAUGCUGCCAAUGUCCAAAUAUGUCCAUAACACUACAAAUAAGAGUACACCCCUGCUCUGCACAUUUUAGUAUUUUCCUGCUUUAACACCCCCCACUUCAACUCAGAAAGGGCUUGUUCAUUGGCCGAUUAGUUGUAUUGGGUGUGCUAAAUCGGAGAAAACACUAAAUGUGCAUGGCCGGGGAUUCCAGGACCAGGAUUGGGAUCCACUGUUUCAAGCAAUUACACAAAGGAAACAGCCAUGUCUUGCACUGCUUUAUUCAAGAAUCAAACUGAUUAAUUCUUUGUUGAUGACAAUGAUACCAUAAGUGUUCUGUUCAGAUUCAAGUAAGCUUCAUAUUUGCAGUACUAAUACGAAAAUACACACCUUUAUUGCUGUAGUGCAAAAAUUCUCACAUGUAUCACAUUAUUCUAUUUAUUAAUUCACUCUUGACUGAUCAAACUGAAGCAUAUUAUCUUUUUGUUUCUGACAGACCUAUACUUUCAAUAAGUUCUUUAGAAAUGACUUAUUUAGAAAUGUCUUUUUGUAUGUGAAGGCUUUACAAUGUGAAAAGUUUCUUGUCACGUGCUAUUGUCUUUCAAUAAGAUUACUUAAAUGUCCUUAUGACGUUAGUCUGAAGAUGUGAAUUAUACCCAGCAGACCUCAUGAGGCGAGCAUAAGGACUUUGAAAUGCUUCUUCGCGAUAUAGAACAUAUUGCAAUAUACGACGCAGGAUGUUGGCACACUGUACACUUAAUAUAUGCAUUUGCUUCUACAUGGAGAUCAUUUAAAUAAUAUUUUCAUCUAAUUAAAAUUCGAAUAAAUCAUUUGGG